AUGGAUCAGACCGGUAGCGAUAUGCUCAUCGACCACGAGUACGAUGAGAAGCAGGGCGAAGUCGCCAUCAUCACGCCCGCCGACUCGGACGACCAGAUGGACGAGGUCGACACCGACCCUGCGCCCCGCGCCGACGAGUACGAUGCCUUCUUCAAGAAGCACCUGCCGGAGCUGCCCGACCAGGGGACCGAGGCAGAGGCACACCACACAUGGGAGAUCCGAGACUGGCGAACCCUCACGAGGAAAGAGCAUGGCCCCGUCUUUGAGUGUGGCGGACAGCCAUGGCGCAUCCUGUUCUUUCCAUAUGGCAACAAUGUCGACUAUGCGUCGUUCUACCUCGAGCAGGCUUACGAGGAGAACGAGAUGCCUGACGGCUGGUAUGCCUGCGUGCAGUUCAUGCUGGUCCUCUGGAACCCGAACGAUCCCAGCAUGUACACAACACAUACAGCGCACCACCGUUUCACCGCAGACGAGGGAGACUGGGGAUUCACACGCUUUGCGGAGCUUCGAAGGCUCUUUGCUAAUAGCUGGGACGACCGGGGGCGCCCAAUGGUAGAGGGCAAUGCCGCCAAUGUUACCGCCUAUGUCCGGGUGCUCAAGGACCCGACUGGUGUGCUGUGGCACAACUUCCUCAACUAUGAUUCCAAGAAGGAGACUGGCAUGGUCGGUCUGAAAAAUCAGGGCGCGACAUGCUACCUCAACUCACUUCUCCAAUCGCUGUACUUCACAAACGCCUUCCGCCAGGCCGUCUACCAAAUUCCUACCGACGAAGAUGACAAGGGCAGCUCUUACGCAUUGCAGCGCCUUUUCUAUUUGCUCCAGAACACAAACAACGCUGUUAGUACUACGGGUCUGACGCACUCCUUUGGCUGGGACUCGAAGCAGAUCUUCGAGCAGCAGGACGUGCAGGAGCUGUCUCGUGUACUUAUGGACAACCUGGAUGCCAAGAUGAAGGGUUCUGCGGCUGAGGGUGCCCUUGAGCGCAUGUUCGUGGGCAAGAUGAAGACUUACAUUUCCUGCAUCAACGUGGACUAUGAAUCAUCUCGGAUAGAGGACUACUGGGACAUUCAGCUUAACGUCAGCGGGAACAAGAAUCUGGACGACAGCUUCAAGGACUACGUGCAGGUUGAAACUAUGGACGGCGAGAACAAAUACUUUGCAGAAGGCUUCGGGCUACAGGAUGCCAAAAAGGGAGUAAUCUUCGAGAGCUUCCCGCCUGUUCUGCAUCUCCAACUCAAGCGCUUCGAGUAUGACUUCGCACGCGAUGCCAUGAUGAAGGUCAACGACCGUUAUGAGUUUCCGGAAAUCUGGGACGCUUCGCCAUACUUGUCCGAGGGGGCCGAUCGAUCAGAGCCUUAUGUGUAUCGUCUACACAGCGUCCUGGUACACAGUGGAGACCUCAACGCCGGUCAUUACUACGCCUUCAUUAAGCCGACUAAGGACGGGCACUACUAUAAAUUUGAUGACGACCGGGUUACACGAGCGACAAAACGCGAGGCACUGGAAGAGAACUUUGGAGGUGACUACGCGCAACCACCGAACGGAAACGCUAACCAGCGAAACCCCUACACAAGGACUUGGUCUUCCAAGCGAUCCAUGAGCGCCUACAUGUUAGUCUAUAUCCGCGAGAGCAGGAUCGACAGCAUCCUUCCAGACGCAGCAAGUGUCGCUCCACCGAAACAUCUAGCUGAGCGCAUCGCCGAGGAGCAUGCAGCGUUCGAAAAAAAGAAGAAGGAGCGAGAAGAGGCACACCUCUACAUGGACGUUGCUGUCGCUUCAGAGGAGAACUUCAAGGUCUACCAGGGAUUCGAUAUCGUACCGUGGAAAGGUGACACCGAAACAGAGGCCAAUCCCAAACAAUUCCGCGUUCUUCGCAGCACCAGCAUGGCUCAAUUUGCCUCACUGGUUGGCAAGGAUCUUGGCAUCGAGGGCGACAUGCUGCGGCCAUGGUCUAUGGUCAACCGCCAGAACGGCACUGUCCGCCCGGACACCCCUCUAGAAUUCCCAGACAUGACCGUUGAGGAAGCUGCUGCCAAGCAUGGUACAAAGCAGUCGGUCUUCAGAUUGUGGAUGGAGAAGGCAGUGCAACGUCAUGCAGAUGGCACACCUGUAUUUGGCGAUAAACUUCUGGAAGUCAAGGGUGUCAGCGACAAACCCAUCAUGCUGUUCCUUAAGCACUUCGACGCCAAGACACAGAGCCUGUUUGGAGUUGCCACAUUCUACGCCGGAUAUCAGGAGAGAGUGUCCGACCUCACCCCAAUCAUCAACGACAUUCUGAACUGGCCAAGCGGAACGCAGAUCAAGUUGUCUGAAGAGAUCAAGAUGAGCAUGAUCGAGGCGAUGAAACCCAAGACUACCCUCGCACAGUCAGAACUCCAGGAUGGCGACAUCAUCACAGUGCAACGAAUACUGACUGAUAAAGAGGUCGAGCAGAUCCGAUCGGCGGGAGGUCAUGUGGACGCCAAGGAGUUCUAUGAGUUCCUCCUGAACAGGAUCAACAUUGACUUCGUUCCAAGGUCCCAGGCGGAGGGUGAAGAGCUACCGUCCUUUGCUCUGACAUUGAGCAAAAGGAUGACUUAUGAUCAAUGGGCUGCGAAGGUUGGCGAGCACCUCCAGUGCGACCCAACACAUCUGCGCUUCACGACUGUCAGCACCGCUGGCAAGCCCAAGACACCUGUUAAGUACAACGCUAACCACACACUGAACAACACCAUGUUCCCUGGCCCGUACAGCUACGCGCAAUCUGCAGGUCAACGAGGAGAUGCUCUAUUCUACGAGAAGCUGGAUAUGAGUCUCAAGGAGCUCGAGCAAAGACGGCCCAUCAAGGUCACCUGGCUACCAGAAGGCCUGCAGAAGGAGGAAGAAGUCACGCUCAUGAUCCCUAAGAGUGCUCAUGUAGCCGAUCUUCUCGACGACCUGCAACGAAAGGCCAAUAUCAGCGAAGAGGUGUUUAAUAAGGUCCAGAUUUGGGAAGUGUCGAUGCACAGGUUCUCCAAGCAGCUGGCGGCAGAGCUCCAGAUCACUGCACUCGCAGAAUACUCGCAGGUCUAUGCAAUGCCUGUGCCAGAAAUUGACGCGCCUCGAAAAGUGCCGGUAUACCACUUCGACAAGGAUCACACCAAGGCCCAUGGCAUUCCGUUCCAGUUCGCAGUCAAGGAGGGCGAACCGUUCAGCGAGACCAAGCAGCGCCUCUCAGAUCUGACCAAGAUCAAGGGAAAGCAGCUCGACAAGAUCAAGUUCGCCAAGGUCCCAAGAGCACAGUACUCCAAGCCCACAUAUAUCGAGGACGAUGACGAGGUCCUAUGGGAUACACUAGGUGAUGAUCAGUCACUUGGGCUGGACCAUCCGAACAAGAGCAGAAGCUUCUGGGGCAAUUGCGCCUGCUUCUUCGCAAACGUAGAACACAAGGGAAUCAAGGUCGCGUUCUACUUCGCCGUACAAUCCGGCGGCUCGUUCGACAUCGACUACUCGGUUGUCGGCCCGGGAUCCAAUGGCGCGAACGAGAAGGUCAUCCUCGACGGCACGAAGGAGCGCCAGGGCGACUUCGUCUUCACGGCCAACGAAGUGGGCGAGUACCGCUUCUGCUUCAACAACGAGAUGAGCACAUUUGCCGAGAAGCUUGUAGAUUUUGAAAUCGCCGUCGAGAACGAAGCCCCCCGCGCCGCAAUCCCCUCCAAGCAAGGUUCCUCCCCCGAACAAACCAGCAUCCUCGAAGAGAGCAUCCUCAAGCUGUCAGCACAGUUGUCGACCAUCUCAAGGAAUCAGAAGUACUUCCGCACGCGCGAGAACCGCAAUUUCAGCACCGUCAAGAGCACCGAGAAGCGCAUCCUCAACUUCUCGCUCAUGGAGGGCGGAUUGAUGCUUGUCAUGGCGGGUCUGCAGGUUGCGGUUGUGAGGUUCUUCUUCCAGGGCGCGAGGAAAGAUUAUGGGAAGCUGUCAUAG